GCUGCAGCCGCGGCACGGCGACAGCAUGUCCAAGCCGGUGGACCACGUCAAGCGACCCAUGAACGCCUUCAUGGUGUGGUCGCGGGCCCAGCGGCGGAAGAUGGCCCAGGAGAACCCGAAGAUGCACAACUCGGAGAUCAGCAAGCGCCUGGGCGCCGAGUGGAAGCUGCUGACCGAGUCGGAGAAGAGGCCGUUCAUCGACGAGGCGAAGCGCCUGCGAGCCAUGCACAUGAAGGAGCAUCCCGACUACAAGUACCGGCCGCGGCGCAAGCCCAAGACGCUGCUCAAGAAGGACAAGUUCGCCUUCCCGGUGCCCUACGGCCUGGGCGGCGUGGCGGACGCCGAGCACCCGGCGCUCAAGGCGGGAGCCGGGCUGCACGCCGGCGCGGGCGGCGGCCUGGUCCCCGAGUCCCUGCUCGCGAACCCCGAGAAGGCGGCCGCCGCCGCUGCCGCCGCCGCCGCGCGCGUCUUCUUCCCGCAGUCCGCGGCCGCCGCCGCCGCCGCCGCUGCCGCCGCCGCCGCGGGCAGCCCCUACUCCCUGCUCGACCUGGGCUCCAAGAUGGCAGAGAUCUCGUCGUCGUCGUCCGGCCUGCCGUACGCGUCGUCGCUCGGGUACCCCGCCGCGGGCGCGGGGGCCUUCCACGGUGCGGCGGCGGCGGCUGCAGCGGCCGCGGCGGCCGCCGGGGGGCACACGCACUCGCACCCCAGCCCGGGCAACCCGGGCUACAUGAUCCCGUGCAACUGCAGCGCGUGGCCCAGCCCGGGGCUGCAGCCGCCGCUCGCCUACAUCCUGCUGCCAGGCAUGGGCAAGCCUCAGCUGGACCCCUACCCCGCGGCCUACGCCGCCGCGCUAUGACCCCGCGGGGCCGACCCGCGAGGACCUGGGUGCGCACGUGUACAUAUGUAUAAUAGGUACGAGACUCUCGCGGCCUCCCCGUGCGCCCCGGGGCGACUGGGGGCCCGGGGUGUGUGUACAUAGAUGUAUAGGUGUAGGGCAGAGGCGGAGAUUGCCAGCCGGGGCUUGAAUGGCCGAGCGAGCGAGCGAGCCACACCGAGCGUGCGUGUGGAUGCUAGGAUCCCUUCCCACCCGCACUUCUGCAGCCAACUUGAAGAGCGAGGGUGUGUGCGCCAGCUCGGUGCUCGCUUUGCACUUCGGAACCUGUUGCGUUUUGACCCAGAGAGCUGGGAGGAGAAAGUCUAUGACAUGGUGGGCUUUCCAGUUUUGUCGGUUGGAUUUUUUGCUUUUUUUGUGUCUCAUCUUUCCUCCUCCGCCCCCACCCCACCCCCCGUCCUCCUCGGUCUGUGUUGCAUGCAUCCGGUUUUGAUGCUCGGUCUGAAAUAUCUGGCAAAGGGGUGAGUUGAUGACCGGUCGUGAGCUUCUCAGAGGAGGGUGGCUCUGGGCCGCCAUUCUCUGUGUGCACUGUUUGAACUCUGCACAACUCUGCAGACCCCGUACCGGAUCUACUCUUGACCAGUGACCGGCUCGAAUCGGGCCUUUGUAUGAGAGAUGAUCAUCCUGUCUUCUGUUUCAUCCCGUAUGCAAAUCAAAGCAGGAGUUGUUUUUGUUUUUUUUUGUUUUUUUUUUCUCUUCCUUCCCCAAGGGGGAAAAAAUGCAAAAAAAAUACGUGUAGGGUAGAAGUUGUCAGUUGGAUAUUCUGCCCCUGGAAAAAUCUCCUAGGAGUCUGCCUGAGUCCCCCCUGGCUUGUACUUGUGACGCAGUUUACAAACGCGUGGAAAGCCCGCUUGCUACUUUCCCCUCAUGGCUGAGUCCACUUUAAGACUGUAAAUGAGUGAAUGUCAAUGAAAACAUUGAGUCUUGGAAAAUGUGUUAUUCUCGUUGCCCUAAAUUUGAGUCGGUUUUAGACUCAAAAAAAAAAAUGUUGAAGCAAAUGUUAACUUUUAAGAAUUGCGGAACUAUUUCAGAAUCGCAAUUUUAUCUAAGAUUAAAUCAGACUUUUUUGUCUGGGUCAUAAUUAUAUAUUUAUUACUUAGCAAAACUGGAAAAAAAAACAGAAAGAAAGCACAGAAUUGUUUUGGAAGAUGCCUCUCAUUGUCAACUAGCGUUCUUCUCCCAUGUUGAACUGUUUUCAUGUGUUUUUCCGAGCUCCCUUUCCGAUUAGCUGAUUUUCUAGACCGCCGGCAACUCACUUUCAAAUUAUGAUGAAAUACAUUUUAGGAAAAAAAACUUCCUCAAAUUAUAGCUUUUUUGUUCCUUUUUAAAUGUAUAUAUUUUGACUAAUGUUUGUGAAUGAAGUUGCUAACAUGUAUUUAGUUUCAUUUUGGCUUUAUGUAAGAUAAAGUUUUAAAAGUUUAAAUAUUGGUUUUAA